UUUCCUUUAGGUAAUACAAAUCUAGUUAUCUUUGUAAAUCUACUGAAGCACUUUGACGGGUUGACAAAUCUAACUUCUUCCCUUCCCUUUUCUGUUUUUAAAGUCCUUUUGUUGUUUUUUUCAAAGAGGCAUUUAGCCUAUACAAAUACACUUAGUUCAGUAGCAAGAGUAAAAAGAAACAACUUCAGCAAACACUGGGAUUUUAUUUAAAAUAUGGUCAAAUGUAAUAGCCAGCCAUAGAUCUCCAGUGUAAUCAGUAUUCAUAAUUAUGAUAUUUGACACCCUUUACCUUUACCUGCAGAUUCUGUCCCUCCUGGAAUGUUGCCUCACAAGCUCUUAACUGUGUAGUAGUUUGUAUAUUUCAAAAUUACAUACGAAUACAUAAUCAUGAGAAGAUAAGCGCUGGUUCUCUCCCAGAUGAAGGUGGUGUCUUUUUUGCACACUCCUCACUAGAAUGAACCAUAAAGAUGAAUGGAUGGAAGGUUAUGGAGGGAUUGGACUUUACCCUGGUUUUCAUGAAACCACUUUUGAAUUAUUUUAUCAGCAUUUAAAGGAACAUUAUCAGACUGGAAUGGGAAUGACUUGAGAGCACAGGGUUUGCAUCAUAGCCAUUCAUUUAGGCAUUACCACACUGAGCAAUCAUCAGACCUGUCUGCCAUGUCAUUACAGAUCGUCAGUGAUUUUAGACAUUGAGGGUUGAAGGUAACAAUUGGCUUUGUCCAUAAGUAAACGUGUAUGAAUGUAGAAACCUGACUCAUCUGGCCACAGUACAUUUAUAAGCACUCUGCUCAAGGGUAAUGGUUUUGUUCUCUUUACAACAGAUUAUGAGUCUUUGUGCAUUGGCCUUGGUCAAGUGGUUCCAGUUUAGUCAUAAACCACAGAGAGUCUUUUAAUGUAACCAGAGUCAGUGAGUUGCUUAUUUAAUUCUGUGUUAGUUUUUGUGUGAUUUAGCAGCCGCCCAAUUAAUGAGUUUUAACUCGAGACUAUAAUUGCUGCCAAACUAAUGUAACUUAAUAUUUCAAAUUUUACCGUCUUCAAUUCAUUUGAUUCAUUUGAAAAUUGAAAUGGGGACAUGUUUUGUUACAAAUAUUUAUAUAUAUUUAAAUGCUUCAAAGGUAAAUUUCUCAUUGACAUGAUGCUUGUUCUUGGCAUGUUUUACCACAAGAUGUCGCUGCGGCUUCACCUUUAAUUCACUGAAAGAUCUGUGCUUCAAAAGUGAAUUUUACUUAGUUACUUUGAUCAUUUCACAGCAAUUGCGUUUACUAUUUUUUUUAAAGAUAGGAAGGUAGAAAGAAAGGACUUUUCAGACUGUUUAUUGGUGAAUUAGUUUUUUUUUUCUGUAAGAAAAUUCGAACUGUGAACAUAAUCCUGUUUAACGCGCGCGAGUGUAUUUUGAACUGUGCUAUGAUCACUUAAAGGAAUAUAGUUUACGAAUGUUAAAUCAUGUCAUUAUGUACUUAUCCUAUUGUUGUAGGGAAAAUAUCAGUGAGCAUACGUUUACGAUAGCCUAUCGUUUUUACAUUUUUAUGCUGACAUCUACAGCGUUUUCAUUCUGUGGAACGAGCGACUAGCACAUUCUUCAGAACGUCAUAUUUAGAACGACACGAGAGUGAUAAAUGGCACACGAUCAAAACGUUAUUAAGCUGCUAUUUUAUUAUUAUUAUUAUUUUAUUUUUAAAUUUUUUUUGCAAGUUUUCCAUUAGCCUAUUCUGUCAUUUGCAUCCAAACAAACACGAAGAAACACAUCAUAAAACACCAAAAUAGUUAAUCCCCGCUGAGACAGGUAGGGAAUAAUGACUAGCGUGAUAGCACAGCUCAAAGCGAAUGUGAUUGGUGCUCCGCGCAGCAUCAAGAGACCUGUGGCUCAUCACUGGAGUACAGCGGGAGAUUUCUUACAGAGACAUAGAGCAGAACGCACGCUCCUUCUCCCUGCACGCGCACUUGUGUGGACGAAUUAAGGCUUAUUACUAAACCUGAAGCAAAGACAAGGAAUCACUAUGGAUUGUUCUGAAGAGGUGCAGUCACUUUCCGAUGAAGCCAGCACUCCCAUCGAGUUGAAGAAAGGAAUGUCAAUAUUUUUGGAUAUAUUGAGAAGAGCUGAUAAAAACGAUGAUGGGAAGCUGUCCUUUGAUGAGUUCAAAGCUUAUUUCUCAGAUGGUGUUCUGUCAGGAGAUGAAUUAAAGGAGCUCUUCCAUACCAUUGACACUCAUAACACAAACAAUGUGGACACGGAUGAGCUGUGUGAAUACUUCUCUCAGCAUCUUGGAGAAUAUGAAAAUGUCCUCGCUGCCUUGGAAGACCUGAAUGUAUCCAUACUGAAAGCCAUGGACAAAACCAAGAAGGACUAUCAGGAGGCCACGCAUCUGGAGCAGUUUGUGACACGAUUCCUGUUGAAGGAGACCACCAGUCAGCUGCAGUCUCUCCAGAGCUCUCUGGAGUGUGCCAUGGAGACCACAGCCGAACAGACCCGGCAGGAGAGACAGGGGCCUGUGAAGCCAGAGGUUCUGCCCAUUCAGUGGUCAGGAAGAAGAUCUAAUCGAAGACUUCAAAGGAAUAACAGCUUGUCUCCAAACAACCCACUUCUGAACCUUGUCAAUUCAGGUCUGUAUGAAGAGGACAAUCAAUGGAUAACUCAGAUCAACAGACUGCAAAAGUUGAUCGACCGUCUCGAGAAAAAGGAACUGCGUUUGGAGCCGGUGGAAGAAGAGGUGUUGGAAAGCUCCACCAAACCACACAUCCUGAUCGUGCAGAGGCAGCUCUCAGUGAUGGAGGAGGAAGUGGAGGAGUUUCGUCUGGCUCUCCGGCAGUACAUCGACUGCGCCAGCGCCCAGACCGGCUGCCUCCAUGUUGCAGUUCAGCGGCUUGCCAACGAAUCCCGCUUCAUUCUGUAUGAGUUCUGGGAGCAAAGCAACGUGUGGAAGAACCAUCUGCAGACCAAUUACAGCAAAACCUUCCAGAGAGGCAACGUGGAUUUCUUAGAGACGCCAGAGAUUAUGACAACUAUGCUGGUUCCAGCAUCAUGGUGGGUCCUCAACAAUAACUAGAAUCUGUCGACUCUUGUUAGAUGACAGCAGACAUUAUGAGGACCACACAAGCCUGGACCGACAUCUGUAUCCCUGUCAUCAGGAACACGUUGUUUUCAUAUUUGCUGUAUAGUCAUAGUGACUAGCACUUGCUUUCAGUGUUGUUACAUUCUUAGCUCUAUAGGAGUAGUGUAAACUGUAGAGGAUGUCAAAUAAAGCAAUGAGAUCUUUGUUCUCCAGUGAUAGCACUCCAGUCCCAUCAGAGAUGCGUAAGAUAUGUGUUCAUCUGUGCCGUGACAGUACAGUGUUGAGUGCUGUCAGUCUGUCUGUAGCACAGGUCUGUGUCUCCUCACGUAGCAGCUCUUGACAUGACCGUUUCUUUGAGAAGAUAUACUUCUGUUCUUGUAUUUUAUGUAGUUAUGUCAGCUCAGAAUGAACAUAUGAAAUAUGUUUUCGUCUUAAGUUUUGCCAAGUGGAGGUAGUAUCAAGUGGUUAAUAAAGAUUCUA